UGUUGAUGUUUUUCCUUCUUCGGUUGGUGGUAUGGUCCGUAAGGAUGCAAUGAUUCCUAUGACGGAUGGUUUCUAGCUGCAAUAGCUAUUUAAAGGCUGGGAAUUCCUUGCAAAAUGACAAACACGUCGAAAAAGAAUUCAUCGUUUAUAUCCUUAUUGGCAUUUUAGCAUUUUUGAUCUAUUUAAAAAACAUAUUCACUUUAGCAUUUUCAAAAACAAAAAUGAAGUUGUCUUUCUCUUCAGUUUUCCUCGCUCUUCUUGGAGCCACCUCUACUUUGGCUUCUCCUAUUUCUAAGCAGGCCAUGUCUCCAGAGCAAUCAUUCGGUAUUUUGAGUAUUCACUCUGGUAACGCUAAUGUCCACCUACAUGAAUUCUAUGUUGGUCAAUCUGGUCACGUCUAUUUGAGCCAAUAUGACAACGCUGAGGGUUACGGAAAGUUCAGCCUCAAGGACUCUCAAUUACUCCAUAACAACGAGACAGCUUCUCUUGACAAGGAUGGAGCUCUUGUUUUCCAAUCCUCUGGCUCUCCUCUGUCAGGCUUCGAUGCUAACAAGGUCAUAAGUAUUGGCUACGAGCUCCAAUUGAACGGCACUUCCCCUGUUGCCUGCCCUGUUGCCAGCGAUAAGCAAGUUUAUCAAGUCUACUACGGCAAUGGUAAUGGAUCUUCUGACUGCGUUGGCAUUGACACUGUGGCUCUUAACGCCUAAAUUCCCUUUUUGGUCCCUUCCCAAUUACAUUCCCUUACUUGAAUUUAUCGUCUAUGCUCGAUUCAACUCGAUUAUCUUAACCAUUAUCUAAUGUUUUUUUGCAUCAAUUGAAGCAUUUCAUCGUUUUUAUCAUUUUUAAUUUUCUUAAAUGGUUUUUU